GCAAAUGUCGAGGUCAGAGCCUGGAUUCUGACCUCAGGCCUGCCCCCUUCAGCGAUGACCCUCAGUUUCCCGUUUCUGGAAGAACGAUCUCUAAUGCCCAGAAUAGUUGAGGCUGAAAAAAAGAGAGUUGGGGCACAUCAUGGGCGCUGAACACAGCCAGGUGCGGUCCACUCUGACGUGAGCCUCAGCUUUGCCUCUGCAGUAUGGGCCUAAGAAAAUCCCACGUGGCGGAGCUGUCUGGGUGGUCAAGGACAGCAAGUGCAGAGCUCUGGGCAGGGGAGUGGGUACCUGUCGAUGGUGAACUUGACAUCAACUAACAACUCGCUUUCCUUGGAGUGAGUGCUCCCAGCCCUGCUAAGAAGCCCAUGAGGAUCCCCAGAGCCUGGCACAGGGGGCUUAUAGUACCUAGGUGCUUGGUAGGUAUUGAUGGAACUGAUGUGCAAAACAUUUAACCCCUAGCCCAGACAGGUCCCGGAAGUCCCUCCACCACAGGGCCAGAUGUUAACCCUGCAGCUGCUGGAGGGCAGUGAGGUCUGCAGGUCCAUGCCUGGCCCCUCCGCUCUUCCUCUCCCUCCUCCUAGUUCAGCUGCUAAGAUUCCCUCCAUUUCUCAGAUGAGGCGACUGAGGCUCAGGAAGGGAUGUGACUUGCCACCAGUCAUAUAGCUAGUUCGGGGCGCCCGCCCCCCGCUAGGCCAAGUGGAGGGGGUGUCCCCGCCCAAUGGGCCUGGCCAGGGCCCUGCGCCGCCUGAGCGGCGCCCUGGAGUCGGCGAACAAUCGGGCGGGAGAUGAGGAGCAGGCCGGGCCCGAGUUGUGCCGCAACGGGUGGGCGCCAGCGCAGUCGCAAGUGGGGCGGCGCCGCGGGCGCUUCGUCAAGAAGGACGGGCACUGCAACGUGCGCUUCGUGAACCUGGGCGGCCAGGGCGCGCGCUACCUGAGCGACCUGUUCACCACGUGCGUGGACGUGCGCUGGCGCUGGAUGUGCCUGCUCUUCUCCUGCUCCUUCCUCGCCUCCUGGCUGCUCUUCGGCCUGGCCUUCUGGCUCAUCGCCUCCCUGCACGGCGACCUGGCUGCCCCACCGCCAACCGCCCCCUGCUUCUCGCAGGUGGCUAGCUUCUUGGCCGCCUUCCUCUUCGCGCUGGAGACGCAGACGUCCAUUGGCUACGGCGUGCGCAGCGUCACCGAGGAGUGUCCGGCCGCCGUGGCCGCUGUGGUGCUGCAGUGCAUCGCCGGUUGCGUGCUGGACGCCUUUGUCGUGGGCGCCGUCAUGGCCAAGAUGGCCAAGCCCAAGAAGCGCAACGAGACACUGAUCUUCAGCGAGAACGCCGUCGUGGCGCUGCGCGACCGCCGCCUCUGCCUCAUGUGGCGCGUCGGCAACCUGCGCCGCAGCCACCUCGUCGAGGCCCACGUGCGGGCCCAGCUGCUGCAGCCUCGCGUGACCCCGGAGGGUGAGUACAUACCGCUGGACCACCAGGAUGUGGACGUGGGCUUUGAUGGUGGUACCGAUCGCAUCUUCCUUGUGUCUCCCAUCACCAUCGUGCAUGAGAUCGACUCCGCCAGUCCUCUGUAUGAACUAGGGCGCGCCGAGCUGGCCCGGGCUGACUUUGAGCUGGUGGUCAUUCUCGAGGGCAUGGUCGAGGCCACAGCUAUGACCACACAGUGUCGCUCUUCCUACCUCCCUGGUGAGCUGCUCUGGGGACAUCGUUUUGAGCCGGUCCUCUUCCAGCGUGGCUCCCAGUACGAGGUUGACUAUCGCCACUUCCAUCGCACUUACGAGGUCCCAGGGACACCCGUCUGCAGCGCCAAGGAGCUGGACGAACGGGCAGAGCGUGCUUCCCACAGCCCCAAGUCUGGCUUCCCUGGCUCUCUGGCAGCAUUUUGCUAUGAGAAUGAACUUGCUCUGAGUUGCUGCCACGAGGAAGAGGAGGAAGAGGAGGGGGAUGCGGCAGAGGCAGAAGACAGGGCUGCCAGCCCCCGAGUACUCACACCAACCCUGGCGCUGACCUUGCCCCCAUGAUACAAGCUGGUACCCCCCUAUUUGUACCCCUUUCCCAGAGGUAGCAAGAUGGAGAGAUUGGGCCCUCUCCUGGAAUGAGGGCAGGUGUUUCCUAAGACCAACAGGCCUGCUGGGUAAAUUAUUAGCUGGUGAUAUUCUGCCACAUCUAGUGGACCUACCAAUGAACAUACUGGACCUUAAUUCCUCUGAAUUCUGUGCUCCCUCCUGAGACCCCUGUGUCAGCCCAAUUCCUGAGUCUCCCCAGAGAUAAGGGAUCCAGAAUUCUAGACCACCGAAGAGGCAAGGAAGGACUGGUAUUUCUAGAUUCCUCUAGGUGGCUGGUUUGGUUUGUCAAGCAGGAUCAUGAAAUGAUCGUACAGCCCACCUCCAGGGGAAGAAGUCAUCUGUUCUCAAGCAGCAGCAGAGAUGAAGAAUUUGUUGGUCUGAAUUGACCUAAGAUUCAAGGGACUGUUUCAUCUCGACUCAGCCAACCACAUAGCAAGUCAUUUUUUCUAGACGACCUAAGGAGGGAAAGUUAUGGAAUGCCCCAAGAAUUCAAGACUAUAUUGAUUGACCAAUGACAAGGAAUGUUGACUGCAAGUCAGGAAAAGACUUUGCGGUUGCAGAAAACCCCAGUGUUGAGAUUCUGUGAAUACAGAUUGACCACAGAGGCAAGCACUGGGGAUUCUAGAACAGCUGUGACCAGAGAUUGGACUACUCCAGGAACUAAAGAGUUAUGUUUCUAGAAUGCACAAAACAGUUGGAGAGUCUGUGGGUCUAGAAGGACUAAAGUGACAGAUUGGGAGUUCUUGAUAGGCGAUAACUCCAGACCACUGGCUCUAGAACAUCGAACCGAGGGGGAGAAUCAACGCUCUACAUGAUCCACAGGCUUUGUGUCUUUUUUAAGUGCCAUUCUAGAAUGUCCAGAGGAAUCAAGAUUCUGUGGCUCUAGAUUGAUCACAGAGUCAGGGAAGGAUUGGCAAUUCUGAUGUCUGAGGUGUGCUGGUUGCAGUUUGCCCAGUGGAGUGGAAACUCUCAAUGAGGAUAGAUGACUGCUUUGUGGUUCUGUAAUGCCAAAAGGAAUAAGGCUCCAGGGAUCCAGAGUUGUCCGUUAUCAAAACCCGGAAGUUCUAAUCAGCUCCUAGAACUUGGCAGUUUGAGGAGGUGGACUCGGGACUUGACGGGCAGCAUUGCUGGGCUGACCUAGAAGGUGAGGGCUCGGGUGAGACCCUGUGGGUGACAGGGCUAGUUAUUGGGCAAGGGAAGGGAGAGGCCCAAGGCUGGUGAGUCUGCAGUGCUCUGGAAUCUUCCACCUAGUGAUGUGUGUCUAUUUCUUAAAGAUG